AUGGCCACGGCUCAGCUCUCUCACCCGGUCAAGUUAUGUAAGGAGACAAUUUUCCCCUCCCAAAUCGCUACUGAGCAUGAAUCAUUAAUAAUGGUGAAGAAGCUUUUUGCUACUUCUAUCUCAUGUAUAACAUAUCUAAGGGGCCUGUUUCCAGAGAGCUCUUAUGGAGAACGCCAUUUAGAAGACCUCAGUUUAAAAAUCCUUCGAGAAGAUAAAAAAUGUCCUGGGUCACUGCAUAUUAUCAAAUGGAUUCAAGGUUGUUUUGAUGCUUUGGAAAAGAAAUAUCUACACAUGGCAAUACUCACACUUUACAAAAAUCCCAAAGAACCUGAGAAAAUGACUGAGAUUUACCAGUUCAAAUUCAGCUACACGAAGGAUGGAACCACCAUGGAUUUUGACAGCACCAGUACAAGCUUUGAAAGUGGGGCAAACAGUGAAGAUAUUAAGAAAGCCAGUGUUCUAUUGAUCCGUAAAUUGUAUAUACUUAUGCAGAACCUUGGACCCCUUCCUAAUGAUGUUAUACUUACUAUGAAACUUCACUAUUAUAAUGAUGUGACCCCAUAUGAUUACCAACCUCCUGGUUUUAAGGAAGGAGUGAACUCACACUUACUACUGUUUGACGGGAACCCUGUCAACCUGAAAGUGGGCUUGGUCUCCACUGGCUUUCACAGCAUGAAAGUGAAAGUCACCACUGAGGCCACCAGAGUGGUUGGUUUAGGAUAUCAGGAAAACAGCACUACAGAGAUCGCCCAUCAAGGCCUAGACUGUGAGGAAGAGGAGGAGGAGGAGGAGGAAUCCAACAACCAUAUUCAAAGCUUGGAUUUUACGUGCAAUCAGGAGAAUUCACAGAACUCCAUGAUGAAGAGGAAGGUCAGUGAACCAAUGAAAGGCAUCAUCUCUAACAGAAAAUGA